AUGAACUUCCUACUAGACCUUAAGCAUCUCAAGCACAUUAGCUUGCCGACGAGGCCUGUCAUUUGCAAAUGCCUUCUAGUAGUGAUUGGUCUUAUUGUAUUGAGAGCGAUUGUCUCCCCUUUUCUCGCCAUUAAUUUGUCUGAGAAGAGUUUUUAUGAGCCAUCAACCCUUGACCUGUUUCCUGGAGUUAGGAAAGACAAGUUUGUUGAGGUCCCACAGAUUAUAUGGGGAUUGAACAAUCAGAAGAUCGCAUUUGCCAGGGCAUGCUUGACUGCCAAAUUCCUGAAUCGGUCUCUGCUCAUGCCAAGUCUGAGUGCUUCACUUUUUUACAAAGAGGUUGACUUGCUGCAGCCUAUUCCUUUCGACAAGGUGUUUGACUUCACCAAAUUCAAUGCACGCUGUCAUGGGUUUGCAAGGCUAGCUCGGUACUCCGAGGUUUCGAAUCAUACUGAGCCCUAUAAACUACAAAAGGGAAGUGGUAGGAGGUGGACAGUGGAGAGAGACUUGGAUCAGCUGCAACAGUCCAAAACGGGUGAAGCCGAUGGCUAUCAAGUAAUUCAUGUCACUGGGAAACAUCCGUUUCUGUGGCCUGACCAUUGGCCAGUGAAAAACUAUGCCAAGGUCUUCGAUUGCCUUGCCUUAGCUCCUGAUAUAGAAGCUGAAGUAGUCAAGGUCAUAUCCAAGAUUAAAGAUGCAGGGGAAAAAGCAAGACACGAGGCUGCUAUUUCCCAUAAAAAGAAGAGUAUAGAUGAUGGUUCGUUAAAUCUGCCUGUGCAGUACAUUGCUGUUCACAUGAGAAUAGAGAAGGACUGGAUGAUCCACUGCAAGAAGUGGGAGAAGCGGUCUAACUUGAAGGAAAUCUGCAGCAGCAAAGGAGAGAUCAUUCAUAAGGUCUCACAGAUCACUGAUCUACGCCGGCCGGUUGUGGUUUAUCUUGCUGUAGCCGACAGCCUUCUAGAAGAUGAUUCUGUCACCAGUGGCUGGAGAGUGGGUAUGAUUGCCUAUGAGAAGAAGAAACUCGGAGUUACUGACAUAUACGAGAGGCAGCCUUACCUUCUAAAGUCUGCCAUCGACUUUGAGGUGUGCGCGAGAGCAGAUGUGUUUGUUGGCAAUAGCUUCUCAACAUUUUCCAACCUCGUAGUUUUAUCUAGAACAGAAAGGCUGUAUAAGCUGGGGGUGGAAAGCUCAUGUGGCGAGGAUGUUGGGCUGUCGUCAUAUGCAUACAAUGUUAUUGGAGAUGACGGCGGGCCUCAGAGAUGGAUGACAGAUAUGUUGGACACAAGCCUUCAGCGCAUAAGCUAUGGAACAAAUAACAUCUCCUGCCACUGA